ACCACCACCACCACCACCACCCCCCUCCCCGUAUUUUUCCGCCGUCGGCGCAGGGCGAAACGAGAAACAAGAAAAGAGAAGGGAAACAAACAAAACGUGGGGAGGGGGGUCGAUCAACGUCGAUGAGCCUGGGGACUGAUGUUUCAUGCUCUUUCUUUCUCUGUUCGCACCACUACCACCAGGCACUACCACCACACACACACUCACACAAGGGGUUUUUCCUUGGGCGAAAGGCUGUCUAGGUUCGCUUCUCCCACGGUGUCGGAUCUCGACGGGCACUUGCCAAUUGUGCCAAGGCUGCUGGUGCUGGUGCUGGUGCUGGGCUUGGCCUGGCCCACGUACGAGUUGCUUGCAAGACAUUGAGAGUCGGCUUCGCCAAUUCGUACCGUACGUAACGUAAAUGCAGGGAGAGGUAUCGGACAAGAAAAGAGAGAGAGAGAGAGAGAGAGAGAGAGAGAGAGAGAGA